CACACAGACGUGCUCCGUCAACUACAGACAGGGUUCAGUCACUCAGCAGCAAACUGUACAGAAGGCGGUCCACCUCUCAGCGAACACACACGAACUGCGAACAGAAUACAAAAGCGUCACCAUGGGGAAAGGAUGCAUCACAGUCGUCAAGUACUUUCUAUUCCUCUUCAACCUUCUCUUCUUUAUCUCCGGAGCUUUGAUCAUGGGCUUCGGACUCUGGGUUCUUUUUGACAACCAGAGCUUCAUUGCUGUUCUGCACGAUUCUUCAGACACCAUCAAAGUGGCUUCAUACAUCUUCAUCGCUGUGGGUUCACUCUCAAUGGCCAUGGGCUUCUUCGGCUGCAUUGGUGCCAUCUAUGAAAUCCGUUGUCUGCUGGGUCUGUACUUCACCUGCCUCCUCCUCAUCCUCAUCGCUCAGGUCACAGCUGGAGUCCUCAUUUACUUCCAAAGAGAGCCGUUGAAAUACGAGAUGUCCAACAUCAUAAAGGGCAUGAUGAUCAACUACACUGGUCAGAACAGGACUACGGAGCACACAUGGGACUACAUUCAGCGGAAGAUGAAGUGCUGUGGAUGGACCGGUCCAGGAAACUGGACUGAUAACCUAAUCAUCAAGAACAGCUCCCAGUUCCUGUAUCCCUGUUCCUGUCGGAAUGAUAACCUGCCAGGCACCGAUGUUCAAGAAGUGGGUCUGUGUGCGCACACGUCCACACAACUGCCCGUCUUUGAAACGGGCUGUGUCAUCAGUGUGGAGAAAUGGCUGCUGGACAACUGUGGGGUUAUUCUAGGACUGUGUGUCUGCGUGGCAGUUGUGGAGCUCCUGGGGAUGAUUUUGUCCAUGUGUCUGUGCAAGAGUGUCGUCCAGGAGGAUUACACCAAAGUACCCAAGUACUGAGCUGACGACCGACCAGCUUCACACAACGCACAGAUGGACAGACUUUCUUUACUUCUCCUUGUCCCACUCUCUCUCUCUCUCUCUUUUUCCACACACACACACACACACACACAAAUUGAGACAGCUGUUCCUCAGUUUUGAGCGUCUCCUUAUUCCACAUUUGUGUAUGUUUCUCACUUACCAAAUGUUCUACACACACAAACACACACACACACACACACCUCAAAGUCAGACACUCUUUAGACGACAGGUUUGUGAAAACAUUUGUAUAGCCUGAAAUUUUUAACAUUUUGAUACUACGCAGAUGUUGAUCCUGUUUUUAUUUUUUUUAUCAGCUGACCUCAGAGAAGCGCUUCCUGUAGUUGUAGAUAGAGCACUUUAGUAACUUUUGUUGGGCUCAGAGCUGAAACAUCUUACGACUCCAGAGCAGCGAGGGUGGAGGAAAGUGGAGUUUUUUUUUUUUGUGGUGUGGUUGUAUGUGUGGUGGACACUCUUCAGGACUGAUGCCACUCUGAUCCUGCAGCUGGUAUUUUUGGAGUAGAGGGUGGAGAUGAGGCCCAGGGCAGGGCUGCUGUGGUGGAGGCUACGGCUUCUGUCAUCAAGUCGUCUCUGUCGGGAGCUUUAAUGUUAACUUUCACUCUCAUCCAUCAUCUGUUCAUGUCCCUCCUCCAACUCUCCUGUCCUCAUCCUCCUCUCAGACCAACCUGGAGCAUCCAAAAAUGACUUGGCACUUGGCAUGAAGUUAAUGUGUGUGUGUCUGGUAUGCUGCGUGACUGUGUCAUUUUUUCAUGUUGUUGUGUAAUCUGUUUUUUUCCCCCUUCUUUUUACUGUACAAACUGUUUUUUUUUUAUGGUUAGGGAUCACAGCACUUUAGUGCUCACUCAGUGUUUUAUAAGUGAAGGUUGUCACCCACGUACUAUUGAUCCAAGAGUCUGAUUGUGCGUUGUUUCCUUUCUAGUACUGCUGAUGUACCACGUGUGGCUGCAGCCGCAGCAGUUCGUCAGCAGUAUUUUAAUCUGAAUCUGAGAAAUCUGAAGCCAGAGAGUAAAACUCUCAUCACGCCUGAAACAAUAUUUUACUUCCUGUGGAAAUGGGACAAUGCUAACAUCCACAAAUGUUUAUUUUGACAAUUUAACUGCAAUUCCAACAACUCAGUUGUCAACUGUCAGACAAUAUACUGACUCUAUUUUUAUCCUAAUUAUUUUCCAGGUCAUCUCAUUUCAUUUUGAACAUUUUUUAAUUUAAUCUUGAUUUUUACAAGUUAUUUCUAAUGCUGCCCUCAGUUUGGACUGAAUGUUCAGUAUGUUUCAAGAAGGAAAGUGACUUUUCUUUUUUACAAGACAGUUGUCUUUUCAGUCACUUUUUAGGACCUGCAAAAUUGAAAAAAAAAAUUAAAUUAAAAAGAUAUGAAGGUUUUUUAUUUGUUAAUUAUUUUAUACUCAUUUACAUUGAAUAAGUUAUCUUUGUAGUAGAAAAAAGUAUGUGUGAAUCUGUAAGUCAUGUUUAAAAGAUUUCGAACUUGUUUUUGCAAUUGAAACUAUUAAAACAGUUCAAGUCCA